CAAUUUCAGGGCUGCCUCAAAUGAGUUGAAGUGCCUGGCAUGCUGGGAGAUCUUUAACACUAUCCAUUAAUUGUGCCUCACUGCCCAGAACAAGGUCAGCAAACAAUUAAAAAGAUUUUGAAAGGUAAAAAAACUUUCAACCCUCAAACCUUUCAAAAUUACAUAAACUGAUAAUCCACACAAAAAUCCAGCCCCCUUGGUUUUGCUCAUGACAGUCUUGAAGUUACUGAAAAGUUGUUUCAGUCACGUGCCAAGUUGAUUUCACAAAGCAGCAGCAGCAGCUUCACUCUUCACAGUGCUGAGGCACCUGAGCUAAUCCCGCCAGCAGCAGCAGAACACAAGAACUGCCAUAGAAACCAGAGAUUCCUUCUUGACACGCGCAGAGGACAGAGGGAGUGAUCAUCAAUCAAGCUGCUGGCACAUCCUCCAGAAAGACGAUCCGAUUGGCUGCUAGUGUGAAGUCCUGAUGCAGAGAGAAGACUGACGUCGCUGUCUAAGCACCACCCACCGGGAUCAAUCUGCAGCGUGAGCGGAAGAAGCAAGCAAGCCGGAAAGAGCCGAAGAAGAUAAUUGCUCUCCCCCUUCGCCGUUCCGGAAACUGCAGAGAAAACCCGGAAAAAGCAAGGAAGAUCCGAACAGCGGACAGCUAUCCGGGACAGGCAGGUAAAAUCGGGACUGGGCCGCCUAAUGCGGGACACUUGGGAGAGAAUUCCAUAAGCUGCUUCACAGAAAAACUAUGUCUGCAACAGAAGAGGACACAGAGUUGAGAGAUCUUUUGAUUCAGACCCUAGAAAAUAAUGGCAUCCUUAACAAAAUUAAGGCAGAACUCAGAGCAUCAGUGUUUCUGGCUUUGGAAGAGCAAGAGAAAACCCAGAACAAGACCCCACUUGUUAACGAAAGUUUGAAGAAAUUCUUAAAUACAAGAGAUGGUCGUCUGGUUGCCAACCUUUUCACAGAAUUUCUUCAGUUUUUCAAUCUUGAUUUUACAUUAGCAGUCUUUCAACCGGAAGCUAGUCUGGAAAAUGCAUAUGACGAUCGUAAUCAUUUAGCUAAGGAUCUUGGUAUUGUUGAUUCUGAAAGUGUGAAAAGUGGUCCACUGGUCCUUGAGCUUGUCAGAAGAUGCCAUCAAAAAGACAAAAUUAUAAGUGGAGGAGAAAGUGAUAAACCUGUUUCUGUUCCUAAGGAAUUAUCACCCAAGCAACUAUCGGAAGCACAGAAAAAGUUUGAUUUGUAUGAUAAGGAUAAAAAUGGUGAAAUUAGUAAAGAUGAGCUCCGAACACUUUUUCUUGAUCUUUUCCCACAUUUUCAUAGAAGCAUGUUGGAGAGAUACGUGAGUGAUGAAUUUAAAGCUGCAGAUAAAUACUUCAAUAAUGGUAUAAAUUUCCAUGAAUUCAUUGGGAUGUACAAGCGUUUGUUCAUCCAUUGUAGAAGUGUUGUAACACAUGAUAUUCCUGAUAUCAUACAUUCCCCUCGGAGGUCAUUAGAAGCAAAGGCAAGUUCUCAAGUAAAUAAUAACCAGCAAACUGAUGAUCACAUUGAAAAAAAUACUCUCUUGUCUAGAGAGUCCAAGCAAAAGCAUGAAAACCACUUAACAUUUGACACUAAACCAGACUUUAAUCUGAACAAGAUAUCCUUUGAUAAUGAAGAGAGAAAAACAGAAUUAGAAGAAGAUUAUCUUGAAGGGGAUUCUUUCUUUGAUGAUCCAAUACCAAAACCAGAGAAAAUGUAUGGAUGUGCUGAAGGAGCAGAUGUUUCAUUAAAAACAGGAGUCAGGUCAAAUUCAAUGGAAAGGAAAAAUGAGCCACCAAAACAUGAUGGAAGUGUUCCUGCUCUUGCAUCUUUGCCUCCAUUAAAAAUGGAAACAGGUUCCCGCUUUGGAGCAUUUAAUACCAAAGAAUCUGACAAAACUGGUGAUGAAGAUGAUGACUACAUUGAUGAUUUCAACAGCACCAGUCAGAGGUCAGAUAAAAGUGAUGUUAGUAUUGGUGAGGAAAUAGAAGAAGAAGAAUUAUCUGUAGAUGAUUUUGUUACUAGUGAAAAGCUUGAAGACCUUACAUUGGAUCACACCAUUUCACAAACCAGUGAUGUGGCAGACUAUUUGGAAGAUGUUUCAUAGAAGAGAUACGUGACAUUUUGAAAUGUUUAUUUUGGUUAUCUGAAUUGGAUAUAUUUCCAGAACUUUAUAUGGAUGUUUUGAGUUAAGCUCACGGCACUGAUCAUGUUAAACCUUCCAUAAGGUUCACAUAAUUAUAGUAGGUACUGUAACUCAGAUUGUUAUUUAUAUUGUAUUUUCUUUUUAAAUAAAAAAAAACAUGCUAAAAAAA